AUGCGUACGUCGAGCCCACCGCCCGACGUACACGCAGCCGAAUCCCGGGACGCGCGCGACGCACCCUCAAGUGUGUUUGCCGCGACCCCUCAAGUUUCCGUUUCGAUGCAUACGCAUCCACCGUCAGCACCUGCAGUCGAUGCAGCGAUCAACGAGAUCGUUGUAUUCACUGUCAGAGAACCUCAUGAGGUGCUGAAUCCAUGCGACGCGCUAGUUUACGAGCUCAGCGGCGUUACGACGCACGACGUGUUCGGUGUGCCAUCCAGCACGACCGACAUGUCUCCCACUUCGACUUCGACUACAUACCGUCGUUCUACAAGUCGCCGCACAGUGGGUACGUCGAGCUACGGCGUACUCAAGGAUGUACCCGGCGUGUCAUCCGACCCCUUACAUGCGACCGAGGCGUACCCCACGACCACGAGGGUGCACCCGGUACGUACGUCACCAGUCGCAACACCCGCGUCGGAAGGCCACACUACGAACAACGAGUUCCUCGUGUGCCUCCCUGACGUCAAGAACGGGGUACUGGACUUGUGCAGCAGCACGACCCAGGACUUGAACGACGCGCGUUCAAGUCCAGCUCCGAGCGAGAAGACUGCGCAGAACGCAGGGAACGUCGAACAAGGAGGCUGCGAGGAGAUCAAGAAGGGGAAGAGGAGAAGGGAGGAGGAAGGACGUGAGGCGAGCAGAGAAAACGAGCACGAAGGCUCGAGAACUGCAGGUACGACCUCACCGGACGUCCCUGCAUGCCCGCCUCCGCUCCCUGUGCCCGCCAAGGUCUCGGCGUCCAGUGGACGCCGCCGCGAUGGCGAAGACUCGCGGUUCGACCUCGGCAUGGCUAUGUCGAGCCCUUACAUGUCUGAUACCGGCUGCAUGUACGAGGACUCGACCUCGUGUGAAUUCACGUCGACCGGGCGAGUUGCCGAGCAAGGUACUGACCUCAUCGUACUCGAUAACGAAGCCGCUGUCGUGUUCGACGACGCUGACCUCGGACAUCUCACGUCCACCUCAAUAUCGCGAUGUUCAUCCUGCAAUCAAUGCCGCCCGAUGUACGCACAGGGACAGGACCUCGUCCGUGCGCCAUGUACCCUCGAGUACAGCGGGCGCAUUUCAAACAUCAACCGCACUCCAAGCAUUGGUGCACCUCUGCUGGUGUACUCUGCGAAGCACCCGGACUAA